AUGCUGUUUAAGAGGAAGAAGCUCAUGGCGUGGAAGAAAAUUAUCACCCUCGAUUAUUGCCCUUUCUAUACCGGAUUUGAGGAUGCCACAGCAAAGGUUGAGUCGGAUCGUUUUGAUUCCUUGGCAACUUUCCGUUUGCGAAAAGGUAGUAGCGGUACAGCAAUCAUGCUUCAUGAUGCUUCUACCAGGAAAGCCGCAUCUGCUAAGACUAUCAAAGAUGUGGAUAUUUCCGUUGUGAAGCAGAACAGAGACAUACUUGCAAAUUGCCUCUCUGAACAGCCUACGACUUGGGAGCAUUACCUGCUUGAAGAUAACCCCCAGUUCUAUAGAACAGGACAGUAUUUGAGAACUGGUGAUAUGACUGGAUAUGUAUUCCAGGAAAGACCGUUCUACCAUCAAUUUGACCCUGAUCAAGAAAGUGCUGAUGAUCCAGGCGAGGCGUAUUCAUUCAUUGAGAAGAACGCAGACAGGACUCUGUACACAUUCAAGAAGCCACCGAAGGGUACUACUCUUCCAAGACUUGCUCCUCUCAUACGUGUUCCACUUAACAAAUAUGCCAAUCCAAGGAAUAGAAGGGCUUCAGAUGUGCGUAGUAUUUUACACUAACA